AUGGAGACCUUUGUAUUUCUAUUUUCAUUUUCUGCCCUCGGCAUUCUGUAUGCCAUGAACAGCAUUCCUGCAUUUCAAGAGCCUUAUGUGAUCUUGGAGAUUGGCGUUGCUGUGUUGGUGGUUGUGUUUCUAUUCUACUUCUUCAUCACGCGUGGCAACCCCCCUAAAGAUGUCCUAUUCUUUGUUUUUGCUGUAUUUUCCUUUACUUGUGUCAUUGACCUGGUGAGUGCCUUGGAAUAUGACGGAAUUAUCUCCGGCUUUAUGGCAUUCUACCAAAAGACAGGAGAGCCUUACCUGGGGACGCCCUAUGCCAUCAUGAUGUGUUAUUGGGAUGGAAUAGUGCACUUUAUCAUGUAUCUGGUGAUGAUCAGCAGGAUAACAGACAGGAAAGGCUACCGAUCCCUGGGUUUGAUCUGGGCUGGCUCUCUGUGUGCCAACAUGAGUGUGUUCAUUGCCGGUAUAGUGGCAGGUAAAUAUGGGUCAGAGAUCCGUCCAGCUUUCUGGAUCAACUUUCUUUUCCUCCUGAUGCCUGUGUGGGGAGCCAUUACACUAUUCACACGGCCCAAGGACAGACCACUAAUUGGUGGAUACAAUGCCCAGCAGGCUCAGAGCAUGAAGCUGAUCUGGCGUCCUACAGAUCUGAUCCUGGUGGUGCUUCUGAUCGCUGCCAUGGCCUUCACUGCCAUCAGAGGCCUGGUGGCUCUGGACUCUCCGCUUGAAGCCUGUUCGAUUUACGUGAAGCACUAUGAACCCUACCUGAAGGAUCCAGUGGGCUACCCCAGAGUGAUGAUGCUACACUUGUUCUUCUAUGGACUACCUCUGUUGGGUGCCUUUGUUUACGGUCUCCUCAAGCCUGGGUGCACAUGGAUGUCAGACUGGACUUUGUUUUUAGCAGGGGCCAUGAUCCAGUGCCAGUGGGCUCACAUCGGGGGGUCUCUCCACCCUCGUACUACGGCUCAAUUUCGUAUCCCAAAUGGGGUUUUCUGGUCCGUGCUGGUAGCUAACCUGCUUUAUGCAGUCACUCCCAUCCUGGUGGCCAUGAGGGUUUGCAAUAACCCCUACUUCUUCCUGAAGAUCGCUCCGUUUCCUGGGCAGACCGGUUUGCCAAACAGUGAAGAGAAAGAUACCAAGAUCAAAGACAAAUAG